GCCGGCACUCUCUUCCUUACCACCGCACAAUACAUCCAACCAAACCUGGUUGACCUGACAUCGCCAUGUCGUCGACGAGAGCGCGGCGGAGCGGCGGCCGGCAGUUCGCGGUGGGCGGCCGGUGGCGGCACGUGGCCGUGGUGGACACGGGGUGCGGGUGCCGCCCGCGCCGGCCGAGGCUGCCGCUCAUGAGCCUGCCCUCCUUCCUCAGGCCGUCGGUCACCAGGAGCGGCAGCAGCUCCCGCUCGUCGUCCUUGUUCCCCUCCUCCGCCUCCACCGCGUCUUCUGCCUCCGCCGCCACCUACUCCUCCUACUCCUCCUCCAGUAACCAUGCCAACCACCCCGCCUCCGCCCACGUUUACAAGCACCGCCAGGAGCCUGCAGUGCCCUACGGGGUCACGGCCAAUGCGUCGGCGCCGGCGCCGGCGCCGGUUGCGAGGAACAAGGCGGGCAGCAGGGCGAAGAAGAGGCGCGAGAAGAUGGCAGUGCCGGCCGAGGAAGAGGAGGAGGAGGGCGUCGGGGUGGCGGUAGAGAAGGAGUCGUCGGACCCCCGGGCCGACUUCCGUGACAGCAUGGUGCAGAUGGUGGUGGAGAUGGGGCUCUGCGACUGGGACAGCCUCCGCUGCAUGCUUCGCCGCCUGCUCGCCCUCAACGCGCCGCGCCACCACGCCGCCAUCCUCGCAGCCUUCGCCGAGGUCUGCGCCCAGCUCGCCUCGGAGCCUCCCCCGCCGCCGCCUCCGGCGUAUCAGUACGACUACUACUACUGACGAGUGACCAGUCGUCGGCUCGGCAAGCCGGCCAGGUCGUCCACUUCUGUGUGGGGGCUGAUCUCGAGAUCCUGGUACCACCUGGUGUACACGCAUCCCAGUCUGGGCGAGGUUACCGGGUGGUGAUAGGAUCUCUCGGAAGAUAAUUUAAGCUGCAGUAGAAGAAACUUACUAGUAGUAGUCGCAGUUUUAUGUGUGGACAGUCAGUUGUUCGUCUAGCUCUGGGUUUCUUUCUU